UGUACGGCCGGCCGCUACAUCGCGCGGACGGAUGCACGAUGCGUGCACGGUGAAACAAACAAUCGCGAUGCUGUUUGAGAGUCCCAACGCGAAACUGUACCCGGCGUUCAACAUCCCGCCGCCCGUGAGGCUCAGUGGGGCGCUGGGCGGUGUGGAGGUGCUGGAUGGAGGGCUGGUGGGCGGCGAGCUGACGGCUCACGUGCUGAGCGCGCAGGCGGCCGCGCAUGCCGCCGCCACGGCCGCCGCGGCCGCGCAUCAACAACACCAGCAACAGCAAAUUGCUGUGCAGCAAAUCAACCCCUAUUUCCCAACAGAAACAUCCCCGUCAUCUGGGCGUUCCACCCCAGUGACGUCACAGGCUAAUGGCACAGCCCCCGCACCCACGGGGAGCACCUCACCGUCUCCGAGCAAGCUAUUUGUGGGCGGGCUCAGCUGGCAGACGAGCUCGGAGAAGCUUAGAGAGUAUUUUGCCAUGUUCGGACCAGUUACCGAUGUGCUGAUUAUGAAAGAUCCUGUGACACAGAGAUCGCGCGGCUUCGGCUUUAUCACGUUCCAGGAGGCGUCCUCCGUGGACAAAGUGCUGGCCGUGCCGGUGCACACGCUCGACGGCAAGCGCAUCGAUCCCAAGCACGCUACGCCCAAGUCUGCGCCCCGCCCCGCCAAGACCAAGAAGAUAUUCGUUGGCGGCGUCGGCCAGGAUACGUCCGCUGAGGAGGUCAGGUCUUACUUCUCACAGUUCGGCCUCGUUGAGGAUGCCGUUAUGCUCAUGGACCAGCAGACCAAGCGCCACCGCGGCUUCGGUUUUGUCACCUUCCACUCGGAGGAGGCGGUCGAGCGCGUCUGCGACAUACACUUCCACACCAUCAAGAACAAGAAGGUGGAAUGCAAGCGAGCGCAGCCCAAGGAGGCCGUCGCGGCCGCCCCGCUAGCGCUAGGCAAGCGACUCGUGCUGCGGCCCGGGCGCGGGCUGGUGUAUGCGGCCAGUGGAGUGGGCGCCGUGCCCGCCGUGGGCGCCGCGCAUGCUUACCGCUACGCGCCGUAUGCUCUGCCCACGGCUGCUACGGCCGCAACGGCGCUGGUGGCGCCCCCGCAGCCGGCGCCGGCGCCCGCGCUGCCUCAGUUCGGCGCCGCGUACUCGCUAGCCGGCGUGGACAUGUCGUCGUUCCAGGGCGUGGACUGGGGCGCCAUGUACGGCCUGCCCAUGUACAUCUAAACGGUAACGAGCAAUAUUCACAUGAAAACCCCACCCGCCUACAGAGGUUAGGUUCUUAGCUCGGCUAUUUUAUUUCUUACGAUAGAGUUCCUACGUACUAUUUUUGUUUAAUUAAGGUGUUUGUCUUGCCGCGUACUCGCAGUGGCCACAAGAGGGAAUGAUCAGUAUUCGAACGUAGUUAAGAUGUUUAUUGGCUCAUUAAACUUAGUGUAAGGCAGUUACAAGCAAUACUUUGCCCGCUACGGGCGUCAAAGAGAACGCAUUUCAUUUUUUUUUAUUAAAAAGUUAAUUUAUUAAGGCGACUCCCAACGGAGACGCUGCAGUAGGAGACACGGGCCCAUGUUUAUCGUAUUCAGAGUCACUUUGUUUUAGUUUGACGCGAUGUGACUCCCAACAAUACUAGUAAAGAUGUCGUCGUCUGUCCGACAGCUCGCGUCGUUGCGUGUCCCCUUAACUUUUAAAUAUUAAGGCGAAGAUCUCAAAUAAUUUAGUUGCGAUAAAAAAAAAAACUAAUUUUUUUCUUAUAUUUUGUCUUUGAUAUUUUGUAAUUUAGUGGUAGACAUAGUGCACGUUUGUUUGGCAAUACAUUAACCUGAUAUUAUUUAUGAUGACUCGACUGUAUUUUAUGAAUCUCAUACGCAGCUGUAUUUUUAUGGUAAAUGAUAUAAGAAUUAAUAUAUACCUCUCUAUAUAUACAUUCGCGGUAAGAAUGACGCUGUGUGACUGCGCUAACUCUCAAUUAUUCUUACUCUAAAGUAAAAUUUUACAUCUACCUUCAAAUUAAAAACAAAAUUAGACAAUUCUAUUGGAUUACUCUCAUUCGUCCCGUAUUCAAGUGCGGGGCUGUAGAUAAAUAAAUUAAAAACUAUAAAUUAGGCUAAAAAAAUUAAAAACAAAUAAUUAAAAAAGAAAUGGUAGAAAAUGUCAGUAUUAUUAUUAACGGUGCCAUUUCGUUAGGAACAUACGUUUGUGCCAAAUUUCGCUCAGUUUUGUGUUUAGAAACUCUUUUUUAAUUAAGCUUAUUAUGAGGAAUGACAGCAUCUGUCAACUUUGACAUAUGUCACUGUCUUAAAGCUGGUUUGUGACGUCACAAGGUAGUCCCGCCAAGCGUUACGUCACACGGCGUCGACCGCUCUGCUCACGACUCUCAUACAUAUCGUACGAGCGGAAAAGCAAUCUCAUUCUACAAUAGUAUUAUAAAUUGACAUACGUAGAUAUAGUACUUAUGUCAUCCUCGUACAUUUUGUCCUUUUUAAAAGGCAGCUAUGACAAAAUAAAACGAUAACCUUAAAAAUGUACUAAAUAUAUCCAGAAUUAAAGCAAUAUUUUCUAACAAAUUUUGGAUUUUAAAAGGACAAAAUGUACAAGAAUGACAGAGUAAAUUAGUUUACAUAUAAUUAAUUUAGUUUAGCGUGUAUGAGUGUGCGACUAACACCUGUGUAACGUGACAAUAAGCUAAGUAUAAAAGCCGCUGUAGAUUGUCAUGGCCGCGCGACCUUGCCAAAUGUCCUAUAUUUUACCCUUAGAAAUAAAAUCUUGAUUUUUGAAGUCUGCUGAGGCCCACGUUGGGCGCCAAUUUGUUGGGUAUUGUCUUGGUAGAUUUUUAUAAUUAGUAGACUAUUUUGAAUGGUUUCUGGGUUUUUUAAUUGUGAUAGAGAAGCAAAGUUGUUUAAAAUGUCUUCAAUAUUAGUCACUUGUCAAAUGUAAAGUCGCCUGCAAAGUAAUUAAGUAUACAGGUAAAAAAAUAAAGACUGAUUCAAUACAGUGACAGUAGCCAUUGUUAUACUAAAUAGGCUAUUUUCCUUAAUUUUACUUUAAUGUCCGUCUGGUACAUUAUUUAACUACCUCCCACUCCUAAACUUAACUCCAUUUUG